UUUUUGAAACAAGUAGAUUACUACUCUGUAAUUUAUAAUGUAUAUUACUAACUUUAGACAUAACAAACAUUCCAUACUGCAUACAUUCUCAUAAUAAACGAUUGUUCUUACAAUUAUAAUCUCUGUAUUUCGUUAUAUAUCAUAUACGUAUUACAUAACAACCAUUCUUUUUUUUUUUUCUUUUUUAGGGAAUAGUAGAGAUAACAAACAUUCCGUACAUCAUAGAUUCUCAUAAUUAAUGAUUGUUCUUACAAGAAGCAUUCCAGGGAAAAAAAAAAUGAGCUAAAAGCCUAAAAAUCAGCUCCUUUGUUGUUGAAAAAAAUUAAUAAUAAAUAGUAAUAAAAGAAAAAAAAAAAAGAGUUUACAAAAGAGGCAACAACUAUAAGGGCGGUAGAGUUAAGCACCCCACACUUGAGAUGGCAAAAGGAGAAAGAAUAGGCUUCACCUUCGUUAAUCCACAACUAAUUUCAAUCUCCUCUGUUUCCUCUGUAUCUCUCUCUCAUAUGCAUCUCGAACUAAUCUUCAAUCCAUGGAAAUCAUUACCUAGACAAAAUUCGACGAAAAACAGACAUUAAUCAUAUCAUUAUUAGUCAUUUAGUAUUAGCACCAAUGAUUAAGCUCGUAUCUUGGAUCAUCAUCAUAACAUCAGCCAUUUGUUUCUUGUAUACAUUCAACCAAAUUGUAUAUCACCACCCUGAAUGUCCUACAACAACCACGAUUUCUAACAUCUCUGAGCUUGGAAACAUAGAGACUUCCCUCUCUUUCUCUAAUUCUUCCACCCCACAACAUAAACAUAUCAGCUCUCCUGAUCCUCCUGAUGACAAUGAGGAAUAUGAUCAACGAUCUGCUUCAACUAGCGGCGGUCACCAAGCAUUGACAAAAACCGAGACAAGUGGAUCACAAGAUGAAGAGGAAAAGGAAGAGCCUACGCAGCUGAAACAUAUUGUGUUUGGGAUCGCGGCUUCUUCCUUUUUGUGGGACAAAAGGAAGGAGUACAUCAAGCAUUGGUGGAGGCCUAAUCAAACCAGAGGAGUUGUUUGGCUCGACGGAAACGUUAAAACUUACAAGAAUGAGAAUCUACCUAAGAUACGCAUCUCUGAAGACACCAGUAAGUUAAGGUAUACCAACAGACUUGGAAGCAGAUCUGCAUUGAGGAUUUCUAGGGUGGUGUCCGAGACCCUUAAUCUCGGUUUAAAGGAUGUCAGGUGGUUUGUCAUGGGAGAUGAUGACACCGUUUUCGUUGUUGAUAAUGUUGUUAGGAUCCUAGAAAAGUAUGAUUAUAACCAAUACUAUUACAUUGGGAGCAACUCUGAAAGUCAUGUCCAAAAUAUUAUUUUCUCCUAUGCUAUGGCUUAUGGAGGUGGUGGUUUUGCCAUCAGCUAUCCUCUUGCUAAGGAGUUAGCGAAAAUGCAGGAUCGAUGCAUCCAGCGUUAUCCUGCUUUGUAUGGUAGUGAUGACAGGAUACAAGCUUGUAUGGCCGAGUUAGGAGUCCCCCUUACUAAAGAACUUGGAUUCCAUCAGUAUGAUGUGUAUGGAGACUUACUGGGGCUACUAGCAGCGCAUCCAGUAACACCACUAGUCUCAAUUCACCACCUUGACGUGGUAGAGCCCAUAUUUCCAGGCAUGACACGACCCCAAGCAAUUCGUCACCUGUUUGAAUCGGUCAGCCAGGAUUCAGCCAGUAUAAUGCAGCAAUCCAUCUGCUAUGACAAAAAAAGAUUCUGGUCCAUAAGUGUAUCCUGGGGCUAUGUGGUUCAGAUUAUUAGGGGAGUAGUCUCACCAAGAGAGCUUGAAAUGCCCACCAGAACCUUCCUAAAUUGGUACAAGAGAGCUGAUUACACAGGAUAUUCCUUCAAUACCAGACCAGUCACCAGACACCCUUGUCAGUCUCCCUUCAUUUUCUAUAUGAGCAGAACAAGGUAUGAUCGUGGCAGCAAGCAAACAAUUGGAAUUUACCGGGCUCAUGACCGGUAUAAGCACCCUUUCUGCCGGUGGAAGAUGGAAAAUCCUGAAAAAAUUGACUCUGUUGUGGUUCUUAAGAGGCCAGAUAACCUCCGUUGGCAAAAGUCACCCAGGAGGGAUUGUUGUAGGGUGGUAAGUUCAAAGAAGCGCUCAGUAUUAUACGUAUGGGUGGGCAAUUGUCGACUUGGUGAGGUUAGUGAACUGAAAUAGCUAAACGAGUUCCAAACAUACAAAAGGUAAUGCUAAAAGGUGGAUCAUCCACACUAAAGGGAUCUAUUGGAGACACAGAAGAGAAAAAGAAAAUUAGAAGGGGACUCUUACCCACAAACAUCAGAGCACACAACUGUAAGAAGUAAAUUUGCAUUUCAGAAAUUCAAGGCAAAUUAUGUAACAUUUUGAAUACUGUAACAUUUACAUUCAUAGGCUACUCUAAAGUAUGUAAGGAUUUGAUGUCUCAAGCAGAAUUCAUUGAAAUGUAAGUUUUACAUACAAACAGUACCAUCAUAGCUACUGUAUCUUAAUCCAAAAAGUUGGAGACAAU